AAUUCUUCCCAAAUACAGGAGGUCGAUAAAGAAAAUAGUACAUGUAUGACCCAACAAAUUGCGCCGACCAUGUUUUCGCUUAAAGAUUUCAAAAUCGGACAUCAAAUUGGAAAGGGAAAAUAUGGUCGUGUUUACAUGGCAACCGAAAGAACAAGUGGAUAUAUUGUCGCGCUCAAAAUACUACUAAAGCAAGAAUUACGACACGAGAAACUCUUAAACCAAUUGAGACGCGAGGUAGAAAUUCAAGGAAAUCUUAGUCAUCCCAAUAUUCUUAAACUUUACGGUUACUUUCAAGAUGAAAAACGUGUUGUUAUGAUUCUAGAGCUAUCACCGUAUGGAACCUUGUAUGAUAUUCUUAAAAGAUAUCAAAGAUUUACAGAAAGAAGAGCUUCAAGGUAUAUCGCACAGAUCGCUCAUGCAUUAAAGUAUCUUCAUCAGAAUCAUGUCAUCCAUCGAGAUAUCAAACCAGAAAAUCUAUUGUUUGGACUGAGAGGAGAACUCAAGCUAGCAGAUUUCGGGUGGUCUACUUAUUCAAUGGGCUCCCAACAUACGAUAGUUUGUGGAACUUUGGAUUACCUUUCGCCAGAGAUGGUGAUGCGCAUUCCGUAUAAUGAAAAAGUUGACGUAUGGGCCCUCGGAAUCAUAUGUUAUGAAUUGUUGGUUGGAACACCCCCAUUUGUAGCAAAAGGGUUUGCCACAACUUGCCGGCGGAUAAUAUUCGAAAAUGUUGAAAUCCCUAAAUGUAUAUCAUUUGAGGCAAAAGACUUUAUUUUAUCGAUUUUUCGUAAAUUCAAGUUGUUGCAAAAAGAUCAAAACAAUCGACCAUCAGUAGAAGUAGUUUUAAAUCAUCCAUGGAUUCGGAUGUAUAAUGAUACCACACCUAUACCACGUAUCAGAGCACAUGCCACGAAUGUUCAGCCUCCUAUUACCAAUACUCUAUCUGAAAUUUAUGAAAAUAGCACAUGA